AUGGCAGAUAAUAACCACUCCUACUUCCAACACCUUUACUUUGUCUUAACUGGAAUUCCAGGGCUUGAACAGAAGUAUUACUGGAUGGCAUUCCCACUGGGUGCUAUAUAUGCCAUUGCCCUCUUUGGUAAUUGUGUCAUCAUCUCUACCAUCAAGUCUGAAGUGUCCCUGCAUAUUCCCAUGUACUACUUCCUAUGUAUGCUGGCCUUGGCAGACAUGGGACUUGCUCUUUGUACUUUGCCCUCUGUGCUAGGCAUAUUCUGGUAUAAUUACAAGCUCAUCGCCUUUGAUGCCUGCCUUGUUCAGAUGUACUUCAUCCACACCUUCUCAGCCAUUGAGUCCGGCGUGCUGGUGGCCAUGGCCUUUGACCGGGUUGUGGCGAUAGGGACCCCUCUCAGGUAUGGCACGAUCCUAACCAGUGAUGGGGUCUGCAGAGCAGGUGCAGUCAUCUUGACAAGGGCGGUCUGUGUGGUCUUCCCUGUUCCUUUCCUCAUCAAAAGGCUCCCCUUCUACCGUUCCAACAUCCUCUCCCACUCCUUCUGCCUCCACCAAGAUGUCAUGCGCCUUGCCUGUGCCAGCACCCGUGUCAACAGUCUCUAUGGCCUGAUUGCUGUCAUCUUCACCAAGGGUUCUGACUCACUGUCCAUCCUCCUUUCCUAUGUGUUCAUACUCCGAACAGUAAUGGCCAUUGCCUCAGGGGAGGGCCAGCGGAAGGCACUCAACACCUGUGCUUCACACCUCUGUGCUGUGCUCCUCUUCUACGUGCCCCUCAUUGGGGUGUCUGUCAUUCAUCGAUUCGGAAAGCACCUCUCACCACUGACUCAUGCCCUCAUGGCUGAUGCCUACCUUCUCAUCCCCCCUGUGCUAAACCCCAUAGUCUAUGCUGUGAAGACCAAGGAGAUACGAAGGAAAAUCAUCCAGAUAUUUGUUCAAACCAAGAUCACUGCAGAGCGUUAG